GGGCCGAGCGCCCAUUGGGGCGCGGCCCGCCGGCCGGCCGAGCUCCUCGCCCCCCAUUGGCGGGUCGGGCGGCGGGGGCGGGGCCAGGCGGGAGGGGGCGGGGGCGUGGCGGGGCGCAGCUGGCGCUGUGACCCGCCCGCCCUGACACCCGCACACUGCCGGCGGCGGCGGGGACGCGGCCUCAGCGCGGCGCCGGGCCCGGGCAGCGGCGGGAGAGAGAGGGGUUCCACGGCCUAUGGGAGCGGGCGGCGCGGUGUAAGCCGGCCGCCGCGUGUGGGCGGGGGGGCGGACAGCGGUGGCGGUGCCCCCGUGUGUUGAGGCCGCCAUGGAGGUGUGCGAGAGCGGUGGGGAGCAGCCGCUGCUGCAGUGGGACCGCAAGCUGAGCGAGCUGUGCGAGCCCGCCGACCCCGACACCCUGCUGUGCCACACGCACUUCACAGAGUUCCUGGAUGAGUUUUCACCAGAUGUCCUAGGCCAGCUCUUGAAUGAUCCCUUCUUGUCUGAGAAGAAUGAAAUAAUGGAGGUGCAACUGUCUCCAGCAUCCCCAGCGCCCCUCAUCCAGGCAGAACACAGCUACUCCCUCUGUGGGGACUCUCGACCCCAGUCUCCCUUGACCCACAUCUCGACUGAUGACAACUUCAAUGAAGGUGACCUGGAAAAUGAGGAAUGGUGUCUGGGUACAGAGCUGACUCCAGCAGCAAUAAAGACUGAGCCAGCGUUGUGCGAGACGUCAGGCCUUGCUCCCUCAGUCAGUCUCACUGUCACGGCCACGUCGAUGGAGGGGGAACAACCUGAGCUACAGACAGAUGCCCUGAUGAAACCACUGAGCCAGAAAGUUCUUCCAGAGAUUAAAUUGGAGCCCCAUGAAGUGGAUCAGUUCCUGAACCUGUCUUCUAAGGAAGUGGAUCCCCUGCAUUUGCCUCCAACCCCUCCCAGCAGCCAUGGCAGUGACUCUGAAGGAGGGCAGAGCCCAGCGAGAUCGCUCCCUCCCUCAAGCCCAAUCCAGCUACAAGCCACAGCUAAAGUGACAUCGCGCGCAGCUUCAGCGCUCUCCAAUUCCCCUCUCCUGACUGCACCACAUAAAUUACAGGGGACCGGCCCACUCAUCCUGACAGAGGAGGAGAAGAGGACACUGAUAGCAGAAGGGUACCCAAUCCCUACCAAACUGCCCCUGACAAAAGCAGAGGAGAAAGUGCUGAAGAAAAUCCGCAGGAAAAUAAAAAACAAGAUCUCUGCCCAGGAAAGUAGAAGAAAAAAGAAAGAAUACAUGGACAGUCUGGAAAAAAAAGUUGAGACUUGUUCAAAUGAAAAUAGUGAGCUGCGUAAGAAGGUUGAAGUCCUGGAGAAUACUAACAGAACACUUCUGCAGCAGUUGCAGAGACUCCAAGCCAUGGUUGCUGGGAAAGUGUCCCGUUCGUGUAAGGCAGCUAGCACACAGACAGGGACCUGUCUUAUGAUGGUGGUGCUGUGCUUUGCAGUAGUUUUUGGCAGCUUCUCUCAGAGCUACGGGCCGUAUCCUUCUGCUACAAAGAUGGUGUUGCCCAGACAGCAUUCCUCGCCAGAGUCCUACACAGACUCCAUUGUGAGGUCAAGGAGUCUGCUAAUUUAUGAAGAGCCUCACCAACUGGAGGAGUCGUCAAGCCCGAUCUCCUUUGCAGAUCGCAAUGACAGGCAAGCAGACACCUCCAAGUACGCAGCGCUGUCCCUGGAAGCCAUGCCAGGGUCACAGCAGGAUGAUAUCAUGCAGUUCACAAUAGCCAAUGAGACGAGGCUAGAGAAAUCGGUGCUGCUGGGCCUGCAGCAGCACAGAGUCAACUCCGAACUAGAAGGAAACGAAACACUGAAGAUAAUUGAAAUAGACAGAAGAGUCAAUGCCACCUCUUAAAAAUAAAAAAAGGCCUUUUUUCUUGA